AUGGACGAUUACACGAGAGAGAUGAUGGACCUCAAAACCCUCGUGACUCGCACUCUUGAGAAGAAAGGCGUUCUCGCUAGGAUCCGAGCUGAAUUAAGAGCUAGUGUCUUUGAAGCUAUCGAAGAAGAAGAUCGUGUCAUCGAAAAGGAUCAAGCUCUGCCUCCUGCAUUGUUAGGUAGCUGUAACGAUCGUGCUAAACAGCUUCACGCUUCUCCUUCUGGUAAUUCACCUUUUUCAUACUCAUUUUCUGUUUAUAUGCUCUAUGGAAUCCAGGAAUUGGUGUUGUUUUUCACAGGAAUUGGAUAUUGA